AUGAUUAAAGACAUUGAUCCGAAAUUGAUGUCGGCUGAUGGUAGUAUUAUUAAGAAAAGUCGUCCUGGGGGAAAACUUGAAGAUAUGUCAUCUAUGCUUAAUAACUGUGAAUUAAAAUGCAAAAAAUCUGUUAUUAUUCACAUGGGCACUAAUAACAUUACGUCAAAUGAUUCACCAACAGACAUGGCAUCGAAGCUCGCGACCGAAACAGAGAAGAUCCAAUCGUUGACGCAAGCGCCUCGUGUAAUCGUCUCUGGUAUAAUACAUCGGAAAGAUGUCAAAGCAAACCUGAAAAUUACCGAGGCUAUAAUAAACGGCUCAAGCAAAUUUGCUAUGAAAAGAAAUGAUUAUUGA